AUGCAACCAUGCAAAUACGCUAAGAUGGCCCUACAUCAUUUGGCACAGGCAUUAGAUUUGGUCAAGGAGUACCCUAAGGCCAUUGAGUGCGCUCCGGAAUAUUCUUAUCAAAAUGGGCGAUGUGUCCGAGUGUAUCGGCAGAGCCCUAAAUUUCAAUGUCCGUCUGGGUUUUUCCUGGCAGACAAUGAAUGCAAGCAGGCAGUGAAGGCGCGGUUGAUUUGCCCCGAUGGAAUGGUGAUGGUGGACGACACGUGCGAGAGCACUCUUACAGCUCCUUGCGAGAUUCGGUGCCCUGUUGGGUUCGUGCCUACUUCUCGCGGGGUGAAUGGAUGCGUUCGAGAGAUGUCUGUGGCAAAGAACCUGUACUGCCCAAUGGGCACUCUGGAGUAUGGGCCCCAGGGUUUGGGCGUGUGUGUGAUCACUUCAACGCAGUCGUUGGUGGAAUCCUGCGCGGAUCCGACGGCAGUUCUGGACAACGGAGAGUGCUUAACGCUUAGCUUGGCCGCGGAUUGUAGCGGAUUUAACAAGCUUAACCUGCGGUCUACCUCCGACCCAUGUUUGAAGGUGAUGUCCAAGCCAAGCGAGCUGCGAUGUCCCCCGGGCUACCAGCAGGUGAGCGAGAAGGAGCACAGAGAAUGCCAGCAUAAAGAGUAUAGCAAACCCGUCCAACACUGUUCCAAAACCGUUGUAGGGGAGGAGUGUAUUGAUCUAGACUUCCAGGCUGCCGAACUCACAUGUAACGAGGCCGAAGGCUACUCGAUCAGAAACCUCUUCGGCAUCUGCAACUGCUCUAAAAAGGCCUACAAGAAACCGACCAUCGAAUGCCCGGCUGACGGCCAUUACCACGCAGAACUGGAACAAUGCAUCAGAACUAGUACUGUCCGAUUCGAGUGCCCCGACGGCUUCCAGCUGAGGAAUACGUAUUGCGAGAAGCCCAUGCACAAACCUCCGCAGUUAAUCUUUAACGUCACGCUCGCCUGCAACAUUAAUCCACAUCAGGACCUGGGUAUGCCUCAGUGCGCUCCUCAAGACUUGACCAAAUUGACAGAACUACUGAGCCGAUAA